UUUAUCUUCUUUUUUCCCCCCUUUUCUUUCUCGCCCUCUACCCUCCGCCCCUUCUUCGCCGCACCUAGGAUUUCAUCCGCUGCUGUCAUAGGAAAGCUCCCGCCAAGAAAAUAACGUCCAAGAAACGAGCUUACGUUUUGCUUCCUGGCAGAAGGAGCAGAACAAAACAUAGGGAAACUUUUGCUGAAAGGGUCCAUAGCGGUGCGGGUCACCGGGGAAAGGCAGCGAGAGGAGGGAAGGCAAAGCGAUUGCCCCCAACACAGAGCCUGCCUCUGUUGAGUUACAGUUGUGAUAUUAAUCCCAGAAUCGAGUCUAGCAUGUUAUAGCGGGGAAGAAGAGACGCAGUAGCCUGAUUUAGAGAAAUCCUCACAUUUUCCAAGCACUGUCCACAGGUUUUUUAUAUAAAUGCUGCAUUCCGACACAGGGACAUCUCCCGGACUAUCUAUCCUUCCCAAAUCCCGCUGUGACAUGCUUCUUGACGACUCCUGCAAAAUGUCACCGGGAGCCGGGAGCGGAGCCGCCCCCGGGGAGCGGAGCCUGCCCGCGGAGCUCGCUGGCUGCCGGGCAGGAGGGCACAGACGGGGCAGGGGGUAUCCCUGCCCUGUCCGGGACCAUGCAGGGAUGCGGGAAUAAGGGGAGGAGGCUUCCGCUGUGUCAGUGCGGUCCCUUGCCCCCCAGCAUCCCUCCUGGGUAGCGUGCACUUGCCGAGGGUCUGUGCCCGUCUCCGUUGCCUCAGGUCUCAGGUCCUGCCUCGGGAAGGGGUAGCGUGGGCGCGGGGAGCCCCGGAGGCGGGGAAGGUGUGGGGGUUCCCCGGCUCAUUUCCGACCACGCUUCCCUGGCUCGGUGCCCCUGGGGUCCGGUCCCCGGUGCGGCCAGGAAGCCGGGUGCGGCGGGUGCCCUGGCAGGGCUGAGCCGGUCCCGGCCGUGCCGCCGGGCUCCCUUCCUUUUCUCCCGUGCCGCCGCCGCGGGGUGCUUGUGGCCAGAAGGAGCGAGGUGAUGCCUUGAGAGGCAGCUCAGAUGAGGCUGUGGGAGAAAGACUGCCUCCCAGAAACAGCUCUGGGACGCCGAGGUCCUGGUGCCCACCCAGAAUCCAGCCAUUUCGGAGGCUCUGGAGGGACGAAGUGCUUUCCGGGCUGCUGCUUCUCGGGAAAAAGCCGAAUCCCCCCAUCUCGGACCACUCUUGGUUUCGCGUCUUCCCACCGGUCUGCUCUCUCUCCGUGCUUGCCGCCUUCCCCGCGGUUGCCCAAUGCAACUGAGCUCAGAAUUUGACUUUCACUGAAACAUAACUGCCCGAGGGUUCCCAGUCACUUUGCAUGUCUUAAAAGCUACUAAUUCUUCUAUCUCCUUUUUUGGUGAUGGAUUGACCAAUGUGGACACUGUUUUCCAGCACACUGGACCGAGACCAAGGAGAUCGUGGAUAAGCUCCUGAACAUGCCACCAGUCUCCUGCCUGACCUUUGACAAGUCCUGUGGCCUGACACAAAGCCUGCUGAGGCUUAAGUGAUAAUUGGGUACCUUGUUAGCAGAACAGAAAUGAAUAACUCAACGUACAUAAACUCUUCCACUGAAAAUGUGAUGGCUCUGGAGAGCCCCUAUAAAACUGUUGAAGUGGUCUUCAUCGUCCUGGUAGCAGGGUCUCUCAGUCUAGUCACCAUAAUUGGGAACAUCCUGGUCAUGGUAUCAAUCAAAGUCAACAGGCACCUACAGACGGUCAACAACUAUUUCCUGUUCAGCUUGGCCUGCGCUGACUUGAUCAUCGGCAUUUUUUCUAUGAACCUGUAUACCCUCUACACUGUGAUAGGCUACUGGCCCUUAGGGCCUGUGGUGUGCGACCUCUGGCUGGCUCUUGACUAUGUGGUCAGCAACGCCUCUGUAAUGAACCUCCUCAUUAUCAGCUUUGACAGAUACUUUUGCGUCACCAAGCCUCUGACAUAUCCUGUAAAGCGGACCACUAAGAUGGCAGGCAUGAUGAUCGCAGCUGCGUGGGUGCUGUCCUUCAUCCUGUGGGCCCCUGCAAUUCUCUUCUGGCAGUUCAUUGUGGGAGGAAGGACUGUCCCAGACGGGGAUUGCUACAUCCAGUUUUUUUCCAACGCUGCUGUCACUUUUGGCACUGCCAUUGCAGCCUUCUAUUUGCCUGUUAUCAUCAUGACUGUCCUUUACUGGCAAAUCUCUCGAGCCAGUAAGAGUCGAAUAAAGAAAGGGAAAAAGGAAGCUGCCCAAAACCAAGAUACAGCUUCCCCCAGCCUUGUCCAAGGUAAAAUAGUGAAACCAAACAAUAACAACAUCCCAACCAGUGCGGAUGGGUUGGAGCACAGCAAAAUUCAGAAUGGAAAAACCACUGGAGAGACGGUGACAGAGAACUGUGUUCAAGGGGAGGAGAAGGAGAGCUCCAAUGACUCCACCUCUGUCAGCGUGGUUGCUUCCAACAUAAAAGAGGAUGAAGCUGCCAAAGAUGCUAGACAGGCUUCUGCCUCCCAAGACCAUCUCAAAGUGGAGAACUCCAAGCUGACAUGCAUCAGGAUAGUCACCAAGUCCCAAAAGGGUGACUGCUGUGCCCCCACCAACACUACUGUGGAGAUAGUAGGCACCAAUGGGGAGGAGAAGCAGAAUAGUGUAGCCCGGAAAAUCGUCAAGAUGACAAAGCAGCCAGCCAAAAAGAAACCACCUCCUUCUAGAGAGAAAAAAGUGACAAGGACUAUUUUGGCCAUCCUCCUGGCCUUCAUCAUCACCUGGACCCCCUACAAUGUGAUGGUGCUCAUCAAUAGCUUCUGCACAUCCUGCAUCCCCGGCACUGUAUGGACCAUAGGUUAUUGGCUCUGUUAUAUCAACAGCACCAUCAACCCUGCUUGUUAUGCGCUCUGCAAUGCUACUUUCAAGAAGACCUUUAAGCACCUUCUUAUGUGUCAUUACAAGAAUAUAGGAGCUACAAGGUUUCACUUCCCUUCUGAGUGAUAGUUCUGCGAGAUGUAGAUGCCGGUCUUGAAGAGCAGCACUCCCUGGGUACCUCCUCCAGCUUCCCUGGCUGUCACCUGCGCCCCGUCGCCCCCAAGGCCCCAGGUGGCCCUGCUGCUGGUGCUGCCACGUCUUCACCUUGGGCUUGGCCAGAGGAUCCCAGCGGCACGUCCACACCAUGUGCUGCACUGGCCACUUCUGUUUCACACAGAAAUUGAGCAAACUGUGCAGGUGACUCAUGAGGGGGGAAAAAAAAAAAAAAGGCAAACAACAAAAAGCUGCAGCUAGCACUUCUUGCCCUCUCUUUUUCUUCCUCUUAAUUAUUUCAAGAAACAGGCUAAAACUGAAAAGGCCCAACCAACCCUUGGCAGUAGCCCUGCUGCAGCAGGAUCUGUCACGACGGCAGCCCGUGGGGAGCAACUCGUACUGUCAAAGGCCAGACCUACCUUCACUCUUCAGGGAGAGGACAACAGCCUGAAGAUAUGUCAAUCCAACUGGCACCUUUUCUGAGUAUUAAAGACAUCCGUGGUUAAAAAAGGAAAAGAAAGAAAAAAAAAGAAAGAAAGAAUGAAAGAAAGAAACAAGCUGAGGUAAUGUUGAAAAAUAUAUUUUCUAGUGCUUGCUUUCUUUUUUGCCUCACAAAUGCUCAUGGGGAUGGGAGUGUUCAAUUGAACCCCAGGGAUUAGUUGUCUGGCAUCCACAAAGCAUAAAGGGGACAAAAGAAAGUGCUAAAUCUAUCAGUCCUCUGUUUUAUAUUUUUCUGGUGGAGGAAAACAUAUUGACAAGAGGAGGCGUCUUUAGCAAACGUGAGAACAGCCCACACGCCAGUGAGGAAACCCACGGGGUGUCCCAGCUGCUUCUGGUCAUCCCAGCAGGGGCAGGGGCAGGAGGCGAUGGACAUUUUAUUGUUUGUUUCAUCUCCUGACGGAUUUGAACAUAUCCAUGUGUCUGCUUUGCAGUGAGGCUUGCUAGUAAGCUCACUGGCCCCUUCCCCAUUUUUGAUUAAUUUUGAUCCCUGUUCUUCAUCCCUAUGGAUGCGAUGGCUGCCCCAGCGCUGCUGGUGGAUAUGGCUCCUGGUUUCUUCUUCGGUUCUGAGGCAGCGGCACACUUUGCAUUUUUCACCUCGACUGCCGGCAGCUCUCCUUGCCACUUCUGUUACCUAAAACCGUUGCUGGUACCGGCCUUGCAGGACGAAAUAGGUAAAGCAUCCUCACAGCCACUUUAUGCCGCAAAACUGGCGUGAUGCAGCUGGGGGGCAGAAAGAGUGCUGCUGGUAUUUGUUUUCCCUCCCUCCCCUUACAAUAGUUCCUGUAGAUCUUUAUUUUUUGACAAACCAGGUUGCUUCUCGUGAGAAGCCAAAAUUCUUAGGAAAGAAACAGAUAGCCAGAAAACAAACUCCGGUCCUGUGGGUGGGGGGUUUUCGCUGACAGGUAGUGGGUUUGGCAUCUAAUAGUCUUUAACAUUUUUAAAGAUCUCCAGGAUCCUAGAUGGCUCUGUACUCUCAGCUGACAGCAGUGCAAGUGGCAGAGAUUGAGAAGCUAAAAAGAGGCAAGCUUUUUUGGCAAGCUUUUUUUCAUCCCUGGUUCUACACAUGUUUUAUAUAACAAGUCUAGAGACACUUGCUAGGGCCGUGAUUUCUAUACAGUAUGCUUUUAUUGUUCCUGUAUAUAAGGAAAAGCUCUAGACUUCUAAGAAAUCUUUUUCCUUUUUUUUUUAAUUUAUAGAAAAUCUUUCCCUGAAAGAAGCUGAUAGAUGGUCCUUAAUUUGUUGUGGCUUCUUUUCUCGUUUCUCUGCUUGUCUUCCCUCUUUUGUCUUGACAAAAGUCUUGACACAGUCUUGACAAAAAACUUUCCUCCUUCCUCACUUUAAGAAGAUGUCGCUUGUGUUUCAGCUACAGGUGUGCAGUUUCUCAUGCCUUUCAGGCACUGUGAAUGCUGGUAUUUGAACUCUUUAAUCCCACCAAAAAUACUGCCUUUCCUACCAUGCAAAUCUCCUCCACUGAAAUCCAAACUACCAUGUGGAAUGAGAAGUUCCACAAAUUCUUUCUGCAUGGGUUUUAAAUUGGAAGCAAAAAAAACCCCUCACGUAAAACAAAGCCGAAUCAAUUCUAUUCUUCUCCAGUUUUUUCAUUUCCAUAUUAGAAACAAGGGUGGAUAAUGGCAAAGAGUGAAUGUUCUUAUAGUGGAAUAUCACACAGAAACAUGCACGGAUUAAUUUUAUGCCCUGUGCAAUAGUAAGGCAGCCAUCCCUUCCCUUGAAUCCCCUUUUAUUCCCGUGCUUACUAUCAGAGUAUUCACUGAGAUACCAAGCCUAAGAAUGUAAUUACAGCAAGGCUGAGUUGGACAUGAAUCAUUUACCACAACCAAUGCAACUAUUUCUCCUCCAUUUUCACUUCCGUCCCUUUGCUAUGGCCUCUUUUGCUACACUGUGGAACUUGAGGGUUACACGAGCGUAUCAGUCCUCCCAGGCCUCGUAUUUCAGGAUAUCGGGUAGACUUGUGAUACGCAUUUUCUUCCAGUAUUAACCAAAUAAAGGGAAACAAGUUCUGGUGUCUUUUCACCUUCCAAAGCUCUGCAUAACCUGAAAAGUGCAAUUAGGUAGCUACUCUUUUUCAUCUUUUUAUAGUGAGUUUCUUUUUUCCGUUGGGUUUUGGUUUGGGGUUUUUUUUUACCAUACUUGCCAAGAAGCACAUGGACACUGUUUUCUUUGCAAUGCCCCAAAGUGCUCUGAGUCUCUGGGCGAAGCGGCUGCGGGCGGUACGUGAGGCAGUAUGAUCACAGUCCGUGUCACAGCGGCCUUUGGAAGGCAGGAUUUCACUGGGUGCUUAGCGUUUGGACUGUCUCACCCGACAGCACUGAAGAAAGCACAGAGGGACACGCUUGGCAUGCCCUGACUUGCAAAGGGACAGGCAGGUCAUGGUCGGAUUGCUUUUCUGCUCCACCCAGCUCAUAUAGGCUAUGGGGAGGGGGGGAAAUUUCUGCCCCCGCCGGAGGCUCUGUCUCUACACCUCUACCCCAAAGACGGCCCUUCUCUGAAGCACAUUAUGGUAGCAGUGGUAGUGACAAUAAUAAAAAACUCUUGUGAGAGUGCCAUGGUUGCCAAUAAACAGACCUUCUUAUAUCUUAUCUCUUAAUUCUGGUGUCACUUUGCAGAGGUGGUUGGUAAGUUAGAGACUUGCAGUUUGUAAAUACCUUUAGAUAGUGUGUUUUAACAUGACCAACACCAUAUCUUGACUGUGUAAAAAAAAAAAAAAUUAAUACAUUAUGUGUAGUACUAUCCAGAUAAGGUUAUAAUGUAAAUAUAUCUACAAUGAAUGUCCAAUUACUCUUCAAGCUCUAUGUACGAGGAAGAACCUCAUCUCUUCUUGAGACUUUUUUUAACUUAAGGGUAUGGAAAACCUGUUAUUCAUUUAUAUAAAAAAACCAACUGCAAUGUUUUCUUCAAAACAAAAUACUACUUCAAGGAAGAAGGGAAUGCUUUAUGUGUAUGUGAUAUCCAAAAUCUUAUGGUAAGACUGGGAACUGAGGAUCUUACAAGUCGGUUACUGGUCAAAUUCUUGAUGCUGUACAUUUGAUCUCAUAUAAAUAAGAUAAGCACAAGUUUAUGGUUAGCUGUGUAAAGCUGACCCACUUGAUUACAUAUACAUUAUAGAUAUAUAUUUAUAUAUGCUGUAUAGAUAUAUACAUAUUAUACACAGCAUUCAUACAGUGAAAGCAAAGUUUGAUAAAGUCAUAUUAACUGGGAAUUUGGAUGUAAUGUUGUGCUCCAUUUGGAAGAAAAAUGUCUGUGUUAUUCAGCAACAUUCAAAUACGUUAUGCAGAAUGGAGGAAGAACGUGCUUCACCAAAACAACUCAUGAAGGACUGAGAUGAUGAGGGUUUGAAAUAUCUAAAAUUACAUGCCAUAUAUGUGUAUGUACUUCUGCUGAGUUGUAUUCCUAGUUAAAGCAUUGCAUUAAACAGCAAAUUAUAACAAUAAUAAAAAUGUUUUUGUAU